GUAAGUCAAAAUGUUGAGUGAGAGUUUCUACCUUUUCUUAACAGGGAAGUUGUGUAAGAGAUUCAGUCAAGAUGUUGGAAAACAUCGCUGAUGGUGCCGGGAAGGUUCUAACAAUUGAUGAUUUGGUCGAGGUAAUGGACAUGCGAAAGAGGUUUCAGAGCAAUGUUCCUAAAGUCAACACCUUCCAUUUCAACGGCGUGCGAGUUUCAGAAUGGUUAGAACUGGUUGAGCAGGUUUUGAAGGGGCCAUUAGAUGUUGUGAAGUUCCAACGUAUUCUGAAGUACGUACUCCAUGGGCACCACCAGGAGGUAGAGAAGGUGAUAAAUGCAGCUAACGGCAACUGGGCGAGAUUCAAGGAUGGAAUGCAAAGGAAGUACAUGUCAGGUCAUGGCCUGUUAACCACUGCAGAUUUGGAGGCGAUGAACAAGGAUGAUUUUACCAUGGUCGAGACCUUUGUGCAGGAGUUUAAGAAAAAGGGAAGUAAGGUCCCCGGAAUCUCGGAAGAAGCACAAUGUGCUAUCUUCCUGGGACUGUUCACUGCCUCGGAAGCCUCGGAAUUGACGAGCCAUGGAGGAGGAAGUGCGAAGCUCACCUGGGCCACCAUCGACAACGGGGUAGAGGAAGGGAGUUUGGACCAGGUGGAACAGUACCAAAUGUGUCAGCAACGACGGAAAAGGAAGGAGCGAGAUGCGACCUCCUCAGGGACCUCGGGGGUGAAAAGGAUCGUUACAAACGUACUCGCGGAGUUGGCGCAAGGGAGAAUGGCGCAAGUAGCGCAAACCAGGGGCCAGAGCAAGGCAAGUGCCAGCCGAGAACUCCCUCGGAGAGAGUCAGAGUCGGAACGAAGGAAAGAGGCCGUAGAGGCAGAGGAGGAGGAUGACGAAGAUGAACAAGAUGAUAGGUUGCGCCAAGAGGAGGAUCGAAGGGCGGAGCAAAGGGCCAAGAAGACGGGAGCCCAUGAGAAAGUUGAACCAAUUUUGCGCGGUGCAGCGCCAAAGAAGAAGAAGUAUGUGGUCCAGUUGGAGGAAGGGUUUGAUUUGGAAAAGGUGAUUGAUAGGUUGCUUGAGGGUCAUAACGACCUUGUGACCUUCAAGAAGAUCUUGGCGUAUGCUCCUAAGCUUCGUAACGAGCUAAAGGGAAGGUUUUUAUGACGUUUAGUGCCAAGUGUCCAUCUAAGCGUGAUUCUGCCCAAGGAGGCGGAAUGGGAGGAAACUGGGACAAAGAUGGACUGGAAGUGCGUGACCUGCAGAAUUUGGUGGUGAAAAAAUUGAAAUGCGCAGCAAUGGUGGAUACGGGGGCAGAGAUGAAUAUCAUCAAGGAAGCUGAUGCACUCAAGUUUGAGUUAGAGAUAAACCGCUCGGAUUACG